AUGCCGGGGCUCGGGUACGGCGGCCACGGCCAGCACUUCGUGGACUACGGCCACUACGAGGAGUUCGAGGACCUCGGCGUGGGCCCCGCGGAGUACGGCGACGUGUCGCUGUCGUUCCGGGGGCUGCCCAUGGUCUUCGUCUUCGCGGCGGCCUUCGUCGCCACGGGCUACUACCUCCUCUUCGUCUUCGACCCGCGCGGGAAGAAGCGGGCCUACGCGGAGACGGCGAAGGCGCAGCUCGAGAGCGCCUGGCCGGCGGCGAAGGAGGAGGAGGAGGAGGACGGCGGCGGCGGCGACCGGGAGGCCGCGGACCCGCGGACGCGCGCGAUCGUGAGCUGCAUGCUCAUGGACAACCCCCAGGGCCGCAUCGGCGGGUCCAUGGUCUUCAACGACGCGUCGGGGGACGUGUGCCUCUACGGCGGGCUGGGCGGCGACGGGUUCCUCGACGACGAGCACGUCUACGACGGCGAGGACGGCGCGUGGGUGGCCAUGUCGCAGAACAAGGGCGGCCCGGAGGCGCCGGGGCCCCGGGCCUUCCACGCCAUGCUCUACCUGGGCUCCGUCGUCCUCGUCUACGGCGGCGCGACGGAGGCGCGGCGCACGUACAAGGGGAACCGGAAGGUCGAGGACUACGACGAGGCCGCGUACCUGCUGAAUUUGGAGUCGGGCGAGUGGUUCAAGCCCGAGAUCGCCGGCGCGCCGCCGCCGGCGCGCGCGGCGCCGGCGCUGGCCGUCUACAAGGACGAGGCCGUCGUCGUCUUCGGCGGGCGGACGGCCUCGGGCUUCGCGAACGACGUCUGGAAGCUCCAGUUCCCGCGGCCCGAGGACCCGGACGAGGCCGCGACGCUCGCCUGGAAACGCGUACACAUCGACGACCCGAAGCCGCCCGGCCGCGACGGCCACGCGGCGGUGAUCGUCGAGGAGCAGCUCGUCGUCUUCGGCGGCGGCGACGAGGCGGGCGGGGCGCUGUGCCCGCCGGACGCGUUGGAGGUGCUGGACCUGUCGCGGAACACCUGGGGCCUCGUCGAGUACUCCGGGUUGACGGACGCCGGCAGGAAGACGCGGCUCAGGCGCGUGCCCGCGCGGGUCGCGGCGAGGUACGUGCUCCACUGCUCCGUGUUGAUGGUCUCGUAG